AUGCUGACAAACACAGGCCCAGUGGCCAAACUCUACUUGUCCAUUAUUGAUGAUGUGAUUGACAGUAUGAGGGAGCUCUUCCUGGAUGAAGGGCUUGAAGAUCGGGUCCUGGACGACUUGAGACAUCUCUGGGAGUCAAAGAUGAUGCAGUCAAAAGCAAUGGAAGACUUCAGGCAAAACAAUAUCAACUCGUCCAACUUUGUGCUCCAGCUCCCUGCCAGCUACAAUCAGAGUGAUCAGGAGCUCACAGCCUCAGUUGUCAUCCCUGCCAGUCAGAACGUCCACAGCUUCCCAGUCAAGAACAGUUCAGAGACACUUGCUACUUUCUCUCUUCCUGCUGCGUUAGCUUACCCCGUGCAGAUACCAGCAGGAGUCACAUUACAAACAGCCUCCGGUCAGCUUUACAAAGUCAACGUUCCUGUUGUGGUUACUCAGGCCCCGGCAGGUCAGCAGCCUGUUUCCCACCCCACACAGAAAGUCACUGAAAGAAGAGAAGCUCCUGCAUCCCAUCCAGCUGCAGUCCAACCACAUCCCAUUCUUCCUCAUGAAGUAGAGCCGUCCUCUCUUCCAGCCUCUUCUGUCACACAGCCAAAGACCAGUUUAGCCCCAAGUCAGGAGAGCUGCCUUCCCCAGCUCUCUCCAGAGCCCGAGGGCACGCUGGCGGAAACUGAGCUGAGUCCACAACCUGAACCUGUGAACCUCAGUAUGACCGCCUCACCCAGCACUCAGUUAUUCGACUUCCAGAUCAGCGCCGAGGAGGUUUUGACACAGACGGCACAGACCAGAGACGUCGAUGACAUCCUGAAACAGGCCAUCGAGGAGGAGAGGGGGAAAGCAGAACGGCUUGACCUGGACUACAGCUACAGCGUCCUGUCAGACAUCGUUCAGCUGGAUGGCCCUGCAGACAACUCGGACCUCGAGGAGGGAGACGGGGUUCCCCUGGAAGAGAAUGACUUUCUGGGUAUAAUCAAUGCAGAGGCCAUAAAGGCCCUGCAGGAAGGAAAUGGAAGCAGUGAUGGUAACAGCAUCUCCUCCAGCAGUGACAGCGAGGGAGCAGAUGAUCUCGCUGAUGUAGAGGAGGAGGACCCUCUGAAUUCAGGUGAUGACGUGAUUGAGCAAGACAUCCCAGAUCUCUUUGACACUGACAAUGUAAUUGUUUGUCAGUAUGACAAAAUUCACCGCAGUAAGAACCGCUGGAAGUUUCAUCUGAAAGACGGAGUGAUGUGUUACAGAGGCAGGGACUACGUGUUCUCUAAAGCUGUCGGGGAAGCAGAGUGGUAAUGAGCUUUGGUCCUCCUGAACACAUCAGAUAAUCAUGCCGAAAAAGGAAACCCCAAUUUAAUAGGGGAAGACAAUCAGUAAAUUUAGACCUCUUGGUGGUGGUUUAAUUUGACUCACAGAGCAGGCAGUUAAGAAACCCCUGUGCAAAAUUACUGAUACUUGUUUUUUUUUCAUUAUGUAAUUAUCAGAGCAAUACCGCAAGUCAUUUAUGAUGUUCCAGCCAAUUACUUACAGUAUUGCUUGUGAAUCCAAUUUACUAAAACAAACAGCAUGAAUUUGUGUUGUAUUAUAUUUUGAUUAAAACAGUUUUCUUUAUUAGUGGAGCAAAACAUGGUUUGACCUCGAAUAUGUUUUCCUCUGUCAUGAUGAACAUGAUUCUUUGAAGAUAUCUAACAUGCUGUUCGA